UCCAAGACUUAAUGUCAGUUUAUUAAGAUAUAAAAUCCCUGCUAAAGGGAGACUAAAGGCCUCAGAGUGUGAGAAUAUCGAAAGUGAAGCAAAAACAAGUGACCAGAGGAGGCCGGUCGGUGUGAAAAUUAUCCCCCGUGAUGUGGCAAAAGAAAACGGGAAUCGAGAGAAAACGGAUGUAAAUAAACAGACGAUGGCGGAGAGGAAGGAGGUGGAAAGGGAGAAGGCAGAUGAGAAAGGCUCUCCCCUGCCGCAGGUCCCGGCCACGUUGCAGCGAGUCUUGCCCAGGACCAUCCCGGGGCCCGUGAGUCCGCAGAAUAAGGGCGCGCUGGACUGGGGAUGGCAAGGCUUUUUGGCAUACGGAGCCCAGGCCACAGUUGUUGUGGUAGAUCCAGUUACCUUGCAGUGUGCACAGACCCUUUCCAGACACCGCAGUCAUGUGGUCAAGGUGCGAUGGAGAAAAACACGACACUACCACCAGCUUAGUGCACCCUACAGCCUCAUCCUGGCCUCGGCAGACAUGAAUGGACAAAUCAUUGUUUGGGAUGUGACAAGAGGGGAAGUCACAGCUUCAUUGCAGGAUGGCACUAAACCCAUUCACGAGCUUGAAUGGCUGGGGGGCGUUGAUGGCAGUGAACACCUGCUGGCGGCCCUACACCCUCCAUACUCCCUCGUCAUCUGGGAUACACGCCACAACACCAAACUCUGGAAGAAAUCCUACACAGAAACACUUUCCACAUUCCACUUUGAUCCUUUCCAUAACAAUAAGAUGGCAUUUUUGUGUGGAGGAUGUGUGCUGUUUGUGGAAGACUUCAGCUUGAGCAAAUGCCCAUCAUCCAAUGGGAGAAAGUUUUAUGUGUCUGCACCCAGGAGUAGCCCAGGAAAGGUGGCUAACUCCCUGCCCUCCUCAGCCAGUUCAAACUCCCUAACAGAUGAGAGGACGAGCACUCGAUUGAGGCGCAAGAUGAGGGACCUGGUGGUGGGGGAGGCAAAGCCCAAAAGUGAUGACUUAAGUCAGUUAACUGAGUGCUUGCAGCUGGCAUACCACAAAACUGUGAGAGACCAGCUUUUACUGUUAUAUUCUCGAGAAAUUUUGGUGCUCGACCUUACCAUUAACCAGACAGUUGGCAUUGUUGCUAUCGACAGAGCCAUGUCACCAUUCUGCCAGGUACUAUCUUGCUGGCAGAGAGAUGUUCUGUUUUGCCUUCAUGAUUCUGGUUCUGUCUCUGCACAUUUCCGCAGACGGUUACUGCCAGUAGCAACUUCGCCAGAAACAGAUAAGGAAAACACUUGGCAUUCAGAUAAUGGAGGUGCUGGAGAGAAUUACUACGAAGUUAUGUAUGACCGCAAGUGCCACUCGGAACCCCUUCGCCUCAAUAAGCAGAGCAGAGCCAUUGGCAUGGCACUUGACCCAGUGCAUGAAAAACACAUGGCAUUGGUGCUUGGUGAUGGCCGUGUGGUAUUCAAGCAGGUGACAACCACCCCAACUCCUGGCCGGGUGGCCGUUAGCACCCCACUGUUCACUCCAGGGGCUCCCUCGGCCCCAGUAGGACCCACUCAGGGACCUCCCCAGUCAGGCCUCAACAUUGCUGACAACCACUUCAGCUUAUCCAGUUCCCCCUCUGGUGUCUGCCUUAGUCUGCCCAAAACAUCACUUGCAGACAUGGUGAAGCCUGCCUGGGCUUUGUCAGAAAAUGUCAAGGACAUUGGUCACCGUGUGAACCUGAGAAUUCUGAUGACUGGCCUGAUGCCCGCAGUAUCCCCACCCCCGCUUGUGGUGCGAAUGUGUCCUCCUCUUACCACCAGGAACAUUCACCAUUACGUGCCCCGGCUGGCUGCUGGCACACAGAGCGGUGCUGUCCAGAUCUUUAACAUGGCCACGGGCAUGCUAGAGAGAGAAUUUGCACUGCACACAUACCCUGUCAGAGGGGUGGAGUGGACAAGCCUAACAUCCAUAUUGUCCUUCGGGCACCAGCCUCUCACUAACAGUCAGGGCCUUGUCCGCAAUGAACUGAUCUACACUGACAUUCUCACUGGAAGAACUAUUACGCUCAGACCUAACAAGAGUGAUGAAACAAGCAUUGAUAUGGUCAGAGUCUCAUACCUUAAGCAGUAUUUCAUAGUUGUCUUUAGAGAGGAUCCCUUUGAACUUUGGGAUGCCAGAAAGUUGGUUCCACUACGAACGAUGCCACGCAGGUUCCCAAGGGUGUCUGCCUUGGAGUGGUCUCCCACCAGCCACAUGAAAGCCCGCAGAGAGUCUGAGAGCCAGAAGCUGCCAGACACAGAGCCAGGGAAGAGUGAGUCAUCAGUCCCCAAGGAGGCUCCACAUGCUGAGGCCUCAAUGACAGAGUCCAUGUUGUCUCUUGCAGACUUUGGUGGGAAUGAGCGUACAAGUAUUGCCAAGGAAACAUUUGUGUUUACGGACACAGAGGGCCAACUCUAUCACUUCUCAGUGGAAGGCAAUGUAAUCAGAGACGGAACAAAGGUUCCACCAGAUUCUCAGAUGAGUGCGAUCACAUCAAUUGCUUGGAAGAGCCAUGAAAUCAUCCUAAGUGAUGCAGAUGGCAAUUUGACAGUAUGGGAUCUGAAGACUCGUAUUUCCCGGCACAUAGCAACACACCGUGGCUGGAUUCGUAAAGUUAGAUUCGCUCCUGGACGAGAUAACAUGAAACUUCUGGUUCUCUUUGCUGAUGGCAUCGAUAUCUGGGACGUCAGGGAUGUGGUACUUGUGAGCCAAGUGAAGUCUCCACGUGACAUUGUGAAAGUGGUUGAUGUGGACUGGGGUGCUUCAGACAGACCAGUCCUUGCCACAGUAGAUGGAUGUCUACGAGUUAUGGACAUGAACCUGAAGACUUCAAACUCUCCAAUAUGCCAGUAUUGUACAAAAGACCCUAUAGUAUCCCCGUACUUGCUUGCGGGGGAGGCGUCCCUCAACCUAAGGACACUAAUGACACAUCAGCCAUGGCAGACCCAGUACUCUCUCUCCUUCUCUGGCGAAGAUGGAUUUACACCUGAACAGCUCCUGAACAUUGAAGUCUGGAUAUCAAGAAUUCCUGAGGAACUUCGCGAAUUCCUAGAGACAUGUGGAUCAACUGCUCAUCGCGCUCUUGUAGUUGCACAGUUGUUUGGUGAUCAGGGAGAAAUAGACUUUUGGACUGUUGCCUGUCACUACCUCACACAGCCAGCUUUAACACAGUCCAAGGAUGAAACAAGCAGCAGCAACAGCAGUGUUGGGAGUGCUGAAUUGAUAGCGCUUGGAGACUCAGCCUCAGAGAAGAGCGCUGGCAGUGAAGAGCCCAGUACAGUUACAGCUCUGCCUCCAACUCAUCCCCUGGAGACCACAUACCACAACCUGUGUGAUGCUGCCACAUACAAGCACCAUGAACUUGAGCGCCUGGCAAUUCACGAAAGCAAGAACCUGGAAGGUUCGCAGAGAGCAACACUUGGCAGGAGUCUGGCUGUGAUUGGGGAGAGGGACCGUGCUGUCAGACUGCUACUGGAUGCAGAUGCCUCAAAUCACCAGUUUUAUACAGACUGCCUGAGAGCCUGCCUUCUAGCAGCAACCCACCACUCUGCCCAGGCUCAGUCUACUAUCAAGCUAGUUGCCACCAACCUCAUUGCUGCAGGAAAUAUCUGGGAAGGUGUUGAAUUGCUGUGUCUGAUUGGUAAGGCAGGGGAUGCAUGUCGAUAUCUCCAGUCGUAUGGCCAAUGGGAGAACUCUGUUUGGCUGGCUAAAUGUGCAUUACCUGUGCAAGAGUCAGUUGACAUCAUCAAAAAAUGGGCACAGCAUCUUAUUAACUCAGGCAACAAGGAUCAGGGAGUGUGUGCUUUGCUGUCUGUAGGAAGCAUAACUGCAGCCAUAGAACAGCUGGUGCAGCAGCAUUACCACCAGAGAGCAGCUCUGCUCCUGGCUGCUGCCUUGCAGCUGCAUACACUGCCUGGCAGCCAGCACCAUGGCUCCAACCCAUCCUUGGGUUCCACAGGCUCUCAGUCAGGCUCUUCCCCCGUCAUAUCGGCUCCUGUGUCCAUGGCUUCCCUGGCAGAGAACAUCCAUCGGAAGUACGUCCUCCACCUGUUCAGCUUGGGGAAUCGACCUGCAGUCUCAUACUUCUGCCGCUUGAUGGGGGAAAAGGGGCACAGCCUGCUGCAGGAGCUUGAUUCCCUGCAGUAGUUGUGAGAAGUUGAAGUCUCAGAUUUAUUUUAAUGGUAUUUUUUCUCUACUUGUGUUUUAUUAUUAUUUGCAAUUGCUGUUUUGUAACUGUACUGUUUAAGAUAUUAUUUUCAAUUAGUUUCACUUAUUCCCUCUCUCUCUCUCUCUCUCUCUCUCUCUCUCUCUCUCUCUCUCUCUCUCUCUCUCUCUCUCUCUCUCUCUCUCACUCACUCACUCACUCACUCACUCACUCACUCACUCACUCACACACACACACACACACACACACACACACACACACACACACACACACACACACACACACACACACACACACACACACACACACACACACACAAAAUCAC